AUGUCCCAUGACCACUAUCAGACUGCCAUGAGGCAUUUGCGCUUUGACAACAAAGACACCUAUGGAGAACGUGUGAGAAAUGACAGAUUUGCUGUGAUCUCGGACAUCUGUACAGCCAUACCAGGGUAUCCUCCUGCAUUGUUCUUCACUGAUAUAGGAAGACUGGUAGAGACCUUUGUGCGCAGUUCUUCUUCACCUAUUAAUUAUGGAUACCGAAAACUGCGAUUCUUCAGCGGAAACCUACCUGUGCCGAGUGAAGAAGAAGCAUUUCAGACCUGGAUUGAUCAAGCCACACAAGCUCUGGGUGAGUGGGAAGCUCCUGAUCCCAUAAAGAGACAGAGAAUUGUGGAAAGUCUUCGGGCCCCUGCGUCUGAUAUUAUCCGAAACUUGAAACGAGACAAGCCUGAUUGCACCGCAGCAGAAUACCUAGAAGCUUUGAGGGAGAUUUAUGGGUGUGUCGAGAGCAGUGAGGAGUUGAAGUAUUUGUUUGAACAUACUUACCAAAAGGAAGGGGAAAAGCUAUCCACAUUUGUCACCCGUUUAGACAAGAUCUUACACCAAGUGAUCCUGAAAGAUGGACUGACACCUGAAACCGCCAGCCAAGCGCUGUUACGCCAGAUCCUCAGAGGAGCUCUACCUCUGGACCCUAUCUUGCUGAAGCUGAGAGUGAGGGGCCAAGAUGAACCAUUGACCUACUCUAGGUUGAUGAAAACUAUUCGGGAGGAAGAAGUUUUGGUAGCAGCCAAGUAUCAGCCUGCCACCACUUUGAAUUCACUGAACAUUGGGACCUCUGCAUAUUCUGCAUUGACCACUCUGAACGUGUCAGCCGAUGACGAGCAGCAGCAGAUAAAACCCCCGACUCCCUGUCCCCUUGGCUCAACGGGUGAAGAAUCGACUCUUGACAUUUUGAUGCAGGCAGUGACUCAAGUGGCCAAAUCCCACUCUACCUUGCAGCAAGCAUUCAACGAUUCACAGAGAUUGGUUACACAGGUCAUACAGACUCAAGAGGAAUUACGACAGUCUAUUGGAGAUAUCCAGAAAGCUGUAGUAUCCCUGGCCUUUGAGAAGACAACAUCGGGGGCUCAACACGCGAACAAGAAGCCCUUAGAUCGGAGACGAUGUUUUUACUGCGGGAAAACUGGACAUUUACAGGCACAGUGUACAGAGGAUAGAGUUACUUUCGACCCACUAGAAGAGAUAUUGAGUGCUCUCCAAGAGAGACUACAAAGUCAAAAGUCGUCGGAAAACUCCAAAGGGCCCCGGUGA